GGGCGUACACGUCGUUCCUAGGUGCUCUCAGAACCGUGCACGACACGCGCCGUAAUUCGCCAGGAAUAACCGCAAUUACUGCAAUUAUCUCGGUGACCACGAGACUCGCUCGUCCAAGUGCAAUCGACACGUGGUGUGACCCCAGUGUGACCAUGCAGAUGCACGAGCAGAUCCUCGCCGACGGGCAGGAGCAGCCCAUCUCCAGGACCUAUCAGUACAGAAAGGUGAUGAAGCCGAUGCUGGAGCGCAAACGCCGGGCCCGGAUCAACCGGUGCCUGGACGAGCUGAAGGACCUGAUGGUGACGGCUCUGGCCGGCGACGGCGAGAACGUGGCCAAGCUGGAGAAGGCUGACAUCCUGGAGUUGACGGUGCGCCACCUGCACAAGCUCCAGCGGCAGCAGCGUCUCUCGGCGAACCCGGUGAUCGACGCCGACAGGUUCCGGGCGGGGUACACGCACUGCGCCAACGAGGUCAGCCGCUGUUUGGCGGCGACCCCGGGGGUCGACGUGGCCCUAGGCACCAAGCUGAUGACCCACCUGGGUCAUAAGCUCAACUCCAUGGACAAGACGGGUCCGUUGACCAUCCACGUGGCCAGCUCUCCGCAGGCCUCGCCGACCUCUGGGGCCAGCGACGUCGGCAGCGAGGACUACUCCAUGCCGCUGACCCCUGCGUCGAGCCAGCCAUCGCCGGUCAGGACGGACGUGGAGGCAGCCAGCCACCAGGGCCUCCUCCAGGUGGCCAAGUCGGCGGAGCCCGUCUGGAGACCCUGGUAG